AUGGCUCCCAGACAGACCGAGAAGGGCUUCCUCAGCGCUACAUACGAGCAGAUCACCUCUCCCGAGAACACUACCAUCGUCCGCAGCAUCUUGGUCUUCGGCGUUGGCGUUGCUUUCCUUCACAGCAGCCUUUCCGAGCUCCUUCUUCCUCCUCUUUAA